AUGAGAGCUGAGCGCCAGGGUGCAGAGGCCAGACCCUCCGGGGAAGGCAAGGUCGGGCGUGUGGGGGGCCGGCCCCGCGGGCUCCGGGCCCCUCCACUGACCGCGCCCCUCCCUGACCGCAGCCUGGCCCAGUCGCUGUGGGCCCUCUUCACCUCCUCGCUGACCAUCUCCCUGGUGUUCGCCGUCAUCCCCUUCUGCCGCAACGUGAAGGUGCUGGCCUCCGUCAUGGCGCUGGCGGGCCUGGCCAUGGGCUGCAUUGACACCGUGGCCAACAUGCAGCUGGUGAGGGUCUACCAGAAGGACUCGGCCAUCUUCCUCCAGGUUCUCCAUUUCUUUGUGGGCUUUGGGGCUCUGCUGAGCCCCCUGAUCGCAGACCCCUUCCUGUCGGAGAACAGCUGCUUGCCGGCCAAUAGCACGGUCAAUGUCACCUCCGGCCGUCGCCUCUUCCACGCCUCCAGGGUCCUGGGCCAGCACCACGCGGGGGCCUGGCCUUGGGCCAACCAGACGCUCCCUGGGCUGUCCCCGCCGGACGGAGCAGGAACCCGCGUGUCCUACGCCUUCUGGAUCAUGGCCCUGAUCAACCUCCCGGUGCCCAUGGCUGUGCUGUAUCUGCUGUCCAAAGAGCGGCUGCUGACCUGCUGCCCGCAGAGGAGGCCGCUGCUCCUGUCUGCAGAUGAGCUCGCCCUGGAGACACAGCCUCCCGAGAAGGAAGCCGCUUCCUCGCUGCCCCCAAAGGUUCAGUCACACCCAGUGCACGAGGACCUGUUCAGCUGCUGCCGGAGGAGGAACUUCAGAGGAGCCCCUUACUCCUUCUUCGCCAUCCAUGUCACAGCUGCCCUGGUCCUGUUCAUGACCGACGGGAUGACGGGCGCGUAUUCCACCUUCGUGUACAGCUAUGCCGUGGAGAAGCCCAUGUCGAUGGGACACAGGAUGGCUGGCUACCUCCCCAGCCUCUUCUGGGGCUUCAUCACCCUGGGUCAGCUCGUCUCCAUCCCCAUCUCCUCCCGCGUGAGGCCGGCCACCAUGGUUUUCAUCAAUGUGGUCGGCGUGGUGGUGACACACCUGGUGCUUCUCGCUUUCUCCUACAACGUCAUCUUCCUGUUCGCGGGCACCGCCUGCCUGGGCCUGUUCCUCAGCAGCACCUUCCCCAGCCUGCUGGCCCACACGGAGGACAUCCUGCAGUACAAGGGCUGUGCGACCACGGUGCUGGUGACAGGGGCAGGACUUGGCGAGAUGUCCCUCCAGAUGCUGGUUGGCUGGGUAUUCCAGGCUCGGGGCAGCUACAGCUUCCUGGUCUGCGGCGUGAUCUUUGCCUGCUUGGCUUUUACCUUCUACAUCUUGCUCCUGUUUUUCCACAGGAUGCACCCUGGACUCUCAUCAGCAGUUCCUCCCCAGGACAGACCAUGCGGGACGGAAGGCUCCGAAUGCUACCAGAGGUAGAAGUGGGGGAAGGAGGCAGGCGAAUACAUCGGCCUCUCGAGCACCAGCGGAGACCAGAGCGUGGAAGAAAGCUGGCCGGAAGCAGAGGCCAUCGGUACCCCGGCGCCUCGGUCAGGUCUUCU